AUGGAGCAUUUUAUCCCGAGAUCUGAGCCACUGACAUCUUACCUGUGUUCAGUCAGAAAAUCUCUUCCGACAUAUCAAGCUGACUGUGGCCCUGUGAUUUGCAUAGCUGGAAUGAUCCAUGCUGUCUAUUUGGGCCAGCUUUCAAUAUUGCAAGAAAAGAUUGACCAUUUGGAGCGUUUGCUCGCUGAGAACAACGAGAUCAUCUCAAACAUCAGAGACUCAGUCAUCAACCUGAGCGAGUCUGUGGAGGACGGCCCGCGGGGGUCACCAGGCAACGCCAGCCAAGGCUCCAUCCACCUCCACUCGUCACAGUUGGCCCUUCAGGCUGACCCCAGAGACUGUUUGUUUGCUUCACAGAGUGGGAGUCAGCCCCGGGAUGUGCAGAUGUUGGAUGUUUACGAUCUGAUCCCUUUUGAUAAUCCAGAUGGUGGAGUUUGGAAGCAAGGAUUUGACAUUAAGUAUGAAGCGGAUGAGUGGGACCAUGAGCCCCUGCAAGUGUUUGUGGUGCCUCACUCCCAUAAUGACCCAGGUUGGUUGAAGACUUUCAAUGACUACUUUAGAGACAAGACUCAGUAUAUUUUUAAUAACAUGGUCCUAAAGCUGAAAAAAGACUCAAGCAGGAAGUUUAUGUGGUCUGAGAUCUCUUACCUUGCAAAAUGGUGGGAUAUUAUAGAUAUUCCGAAGAAGGAAGCUGUUAAAAGUUUACUACAGAAUGGUCAGCUGGAAAUUGUGACCGGCGGCUGGGUUAUGCCUGAUGAAGCCACUCCACAUUAUUUUGCCUUAAUUGACCAACUAAUUGAAGGGCACCAAUGGCUGGAAAAGAAUCUAGGAGUGAAACCUCGAUCGGGCUGGGCCAUAGAUCCCUUUGGUCAUUCACCCACAAUGGCUUAUCUUCUAAAGCGUGCUGGAUUUUCACACAUGCUCAUCCAGAGAGUCCAUUAUGCAAUCAAAAACCACUUCUCUUUGCAUAAAACGCUGGAGUUUUUCUGGAGACAGAAUUGGGAUCUUGGAUCUGCUACAGAUAUUUUGUGCCAUAUGAUGCCCUUCUACAGCUACGACAUCCCUCACACCUGUGGGCCUGAUCCUAAAAUAUGCUGCCAGUUUGAUUUUAAACGGCUUCCUGGAGGCAGAUAUGGUUGUCCCUGGGGAGUUCCCCCAGAAGCAAUAUCUCCUGGAAAUGUCCAAAGCAGGGCUCAGAUGCUAUUGGAUCAGUACCGGAAAAAGUCAAAACUUUUCCGCACUAAAGUUCUUCUGGCUCCACUGGGAGACGAUUUUCGGUUCAGUGAAUACACAGAGUGGGAUCUGCAGUGCAGGAACUACGAGCAACUGUUCAGUUACAUGAACUCGCAGCCUCAUAUGAAAGUGAAGAUCCAGUUUGGAACCUUGUCAGAUUAUUUCGACGCAUUGGAGAAAGCCGUGGCAGCCGAGAAGAAGAGUAGCCAGUCUGUGUUCCCUGCCCUGAGUGGAGACUUCUUCACGUACGCUGACCGAGACGACCAUUACUGGAGUGGCUACUUCACGUCCAGACCUUUCUACAAACGAAUGGACAGAAUAAUGGAAUCUCGU